AUGACCAAACUUGUGAAAAUAUCAAACUCAUUGGAUUUUUGCCCCGAAUACCUCAAAAUGGACCGUAAUAAGCCACUUGGAAAAAAGUUACCCGGGAGAAGAAUUCUUCCUGCUGGAGAGAUCAUUGCUCUCGGUUCCAAGUCACGAUCUGGAGGCGGCCAAGAUGCUUCCGAUAUUCGCUCCAGCUCUGAUUGGAAACGAGAAGCACCAAGCUCCUCGAGUGGUGGACCACCACACAAGAUGGCCAAGGUCUCUGGUCAAACAUUCACCCCGUUGGGUAGAGGAGCACCAGAGAGCAGCAAAGCUGGGUCUAGUGAGCACAUCGUCAAGCCAGGAAUUAAGACAAUAGAAGUACCUGCUUCUGAGCUGGUUGAUCAAGUCUUAGAUGCCGAUGCAGCAGAAGAUGAUGAUCGGAUUGAUGGCUUGCUGUGUGGUGGUCUCAAGACGCUGAAGAGCACCCGAGCCAAACCAGCAUCUCAGCUGUAUCUCAGCCUUAUGUACCUCGCUAAGAUCAAACCCAUGCUGUUUGAAUCGGAAGAUGUUGUAGAUUAUGUCUGCAGCCUCCUGAAAAGAGACAUCAGUCUAAGUUUUAAGAGCAAAGGAAAUCCACUUGUAUCAGUGCUAGCCUGUAACCUCCUCAUGCAUGCAUAUCUCUAUGAAGACAACUGGCCAAACGCAUUCGUUAAGGUGUACCUUGAAGAUGCAAUGGGGGAGCGGGUAUGGGUAGAUCACCCAAGCUGUCGUGAGUUCUGUAAUAACAUCCAGACUGCGUUUGGUACCAAGCUACCACCACGCCACCUCAUGCAACCCAUGGAGCAGCUACGUCAUGCCAGCAACACACCAGAUCCAGCCAGUGGUAGUCCUCUUCGAGAUGAAGGUGACCCUGGAUCUGAGUCUAACUCCUCCCACCAAACAGACGAGAUUGAUCUGUCUGCAGAUGCACAGGCUGAAGGAGUCACUCCAAGCAACAGAUAUAGCCUCCUAAAGGACAGCAUAGAGACUUACGUUGUAGACUUUGUGAGAGACCAGCUGACACGUCGCCAAGGUAUGGACACUCCUAGGAAUCUACUACGUGUCUUGACUGCGGCUUGUGGCUUCCCUGAGGUCCGGCUACUGGCUGCCUUGAGGCUAGAGAUGUGGCUACAAAAUCCAAAGUUGACGAGACCUGCCCAGGAGCUUCUGAUGUCUGUCUGUUUGAACUGUGACACCCAUGAGCAAGAGGAUGUAGAGGUCAUAGGUCAUCUCAUUAAAAUUCGUCUCAAGACUAAGCCACUGAUUAACCACUACAUGCUCAGUAUGAAAGAGUUGUUGAAUCAACAUCCUGAAAACCUAUCUACUCUCCUCAAACAUACAAUCUAUAACGAGUUGUCAAACUCUCGUAAUCCUAACAACAUGCCGCUUCUUGCAACUAUCUUCCAACAUUCUCCUGAGGCAUCCGCAAAGUACUUAGCUAAUGUGUUUCAAGACCUACUGAUGAAUAGGGACGACUACCUUCGAGCUGUGAGGGCGCUUUACAGAGAGAUUGUUAAAUCGUUGCGUUAUGAAAUGGAUUUCCCAGCAUUCUGCAGAGGAUUGAUGAAGGAAAGAUCAGACAAACAGUUCAAUGAUAUGGAAGCUCAGUUUAAGGAACGUAUGUUAGUUUCUCUGAUUGACUUGAUAGUCUUAUCUGCCCUACUGAGUGUCAAUCCAGCCGUUAAGGAAGCUGUUGCUGCUUACACCAGGGGUGAUAGGAAAGAUAUGGAUGUAUUAAGAACCUUCCAGACUCAAGCUUCUGUCAUGCAGAGGGAUGCAGUAUGGUGGCUUCAUACUGUAGUACCUAAGAUGUUUAAAGUCAACCAACAAGAAUUCAAUCAAUGCUUGCAGAAAGUUGUGUUUCUUGAGCCAUCAGAAUCGUACUGCAGUAAAGACAACUGGCCUCCCGAGGCUGAUAGAUCCCUAUUGUUGUCGUUGCUGUCCGAGGUUCCAGUCCAGGAAGAUACCCUGAUGAGAGUCCUUGUAAUGGGCCUCUCUAGGGAGCUCUCCUUAUCGGCAGGAGAUGGUCUGGAGCUAGCCGACAAACUGGUCAAGCGGGCAGCUGUACUUUAUGCUGAUGAUUUUCCUGUUUUGAAGGUUGAGAGAGUUCAGUUGGUAGAUGCAGUCUUGAACCUUUGCUCUUAUCAUCAUCCUGAAAACAUCCAGCUACCACAAGGAUACAGUCCCCCAAACCUAGCUAUUUCUAACCUGUAUUGGAAAGCUUGGAUUCUACUUGUUGUCAUCACAGCAUUCAACCCAACCAACAUUGGUUUGACCGCCUGGGAACAGUACCCAAUGCUUCGUUGCUUCAUGGAAAUGGUCAUGACCAAUAAUUUCAAGUACCCUCCACCAACGGCAGCUCCAGAUGAAAGAUCCCAAGAAGAAACAAGGGCCAGAGAACUUCAGGUGAUUGCUCUUGAGAAGCAAGAGAUUCUAGAGUUUGAGAAUCAUUUAGCUCGAGUAGCCAUCACUGAAUCUAAUAGUUUACUGCUGUCUCAAGUCAUCCGCAUGGAUCCCAAUGGUAUAGCUAGACGUCCUCCAUCCCAUGUUCUUGAUCAACUUAAAGAGUUUAACAAGGUUCUCAAUCUUGGUCACAUGUUGUGUCGUAGCCGAUCCCCUGACUUCCUACUGGAUAUAAUACAGAGACAGGGUACAUCUCAGUCCAUGCCGUGGCUAGCUGAACUUGUUAACUCAGCUGAAGGGUCUUUAGACGUCCUCCCGGUGCAGUGUCUGUGUGAGUUUCUUCUCAAUGACAAUCAAGACUCUGAGAUGGAGGAUGUUAAGGGAGACGCCAAAAGGAAACAGCGAAUCGACAAACAAGAACAGUUGUUAGCGAGAUUACAGAGCUUAGUGAGAGGACCAGACUCACAGGCAACAACAUGCUGUGAAGUUAUGGACUACUUCCUUAGAAGACUCAGCUCACAGCAACAGGCCAGCAGGGCCUUAGCUGCUAAGGGAUUGAUGAUGGUACUGUCUACCCCACAAGACCAAUCCACAAUAGGGGAGGAAGAGAUGGAAAUGGAAGAUCCUCCAUGGGCUUGCCCAACACUGAUAGCAUCACAUGAGUGGCUGUUGAAGAAUAUGCCAACCCUCCCUCAUUUUGAUGCAGUCAGGGCAUCGGCUACGGCUGCUCUUAGACAGGCGUGUCAGAUUGAGACAGCUCCGUUAGCUUUGAGCGCUUACGUCGUCUUUCUCUCACAGUUUGCUCCUGUCAAUGACCUUAAUGACCUCGGUGUGGAUCUUGCUCAGCUGAUUGUAGAGCGUCCUACCAUCGUCUCUUGUCUCUUACCUAGAGACACUUAUAAUGAAGUAGCUGAUGUGACCUUAGCAGCUAUGAUUAAGAUCUUCAGUCGUUAUCUCAUUAAAGCAACCAAGCCUAAUGAGGAAGGGUACAGCUGGUCGGAUACCCAGGACCAGGUGGUUCUUUACUGGCAGACUGGUGAAUCAGCAACUAUGUAUAUCCUGAUUGUACAUGCUAUGGUCAUUCUAUUAACCUAUGGUGAACCAAAAGUGGAGAGUGACUUCCAGUUACUUCUUCAUUCUUGGUUUCCUGAGAAUAGUUCUCCUCCAUCUGCGUACCUCGUUGAUACCUCAGAAGAUGCUCUCCUCCUCCCUGAUUGGCUCAAGCUUAGGAUGAUCCGAUCAAACGUCCUCGAACUCGUCGAAGCAGCCCUUCAGGAUUUGGAGCCAGCACAGCUUGUUCUUUUCAUCCAAUCAUUUGGAAUUCCUACUGCUAGUAUGAGUAAGCUGCUAGCCCACCUGGAUUCUGCCGUUAAGCAGGAACCUCAAGCCAUGGAACAUGCUGUAGUAGAUAAAGCUUACAUGGCUCAGCUGGUAGAGGUGCAACAAAUGAGGGGAGCAACAGGGGGAGUAGAGUUUCAUAAACUACUCACCAAGGACCUGGAAACACCCCCUGAGAAGGAGAAAGAUAAAGUUGAUUGCAUCAAAGUUGAAGUAGAAGACAGCAUGGAUACCUCGGAGCAGGGUGUAAUUCUUCCAGAAAGAGAUCUUGAAGAAUGGCAACAAAUACUGAGAAAACUGUUUGUGGAUGAUGAACCGUCAGAAGAAACUCAAGUGAUGUUUGCAGCAAUUCAGGGGAAUCUUCUUGAAGACAUCCAAUGUCUUAAAGUAGACCCAUUUCAUAGAAGCUCUGAGAUUCUGGCAGAAGGAGUGUGGAACGUCUUAAAGGACAAGACUCUACUUCCUGAGAGUCUUGCGUCACACCCAGAUUUCAGCUGUCCGCUGUUUAAACUUCUACUCACUAGAGAGAUUCAACUAGAAAAGUAUGGAUUGCCAUCUAAGUUCCCUGACGUUGUUCAGCUACUCUACGAGACGCUACCCAUGAAGGAAGGAUUAUUUGCUCAUACGCUGACUAGAUGUCAGAAGAAACUCUUUGGGCAGCAUGUUGAUAUUGAUGUGAAGCAGGAAUUGAUCAACAUAGCGGACCCUAACAACCAAGAUACCAACAAAUCUAUUGAGCAAGUCGUCACGUCGUUGACUCACAAAGACUCUACGGCAGAUGAACAACUCUUAGAGAAAGCUUGUAAACAGUUACUGGAUAGCGACCCUAGCCAGCUAGAGAAAGUCUUGAAAACCUGCAUGACGCUUGGCCAUGGGAGGAAAACGCCCUCACAGUCGUCAAGUGGAAAGGUAGAAAUGUUGACUAGACUGCUCGUUCAUCAACAGUCUAAGCAGGCAACUCAGUCUGGUACCCAGAGCCCUAGCCAACCCCAGCUACUAGCUUCCACUGCAGGCCUCCUGAUAGACUGGCUUGCCCUUCUAGAUCCAGAAGUGUGCCAAGCAUGCCCUGAUCUACAGCAACAAGCCAUGUUUGCUCAAAUCACCCCCAGGAAUGAGAAGAGCCAGCAAGUAGAAGGGGAGGGGCUUGAAGGAGAGAGGAAGAUGGUUGGAAGUGCGUAUCUCUUGGCUUUAAUGACACACCAGGCAAACUGGGGGACUCUGCACCGAUGCAUUAAUAAGUUAUUGAAUGGUGAAAAUACACACAGUCUGAGUGCACCAUCUGUUCUGGACUUCUUAUGGGCUUGUAUUCAUAUGCCUAAGAUCUGGCAAGGAAGAGAUAUAAGAGCAUCUAAGCGCCAUUCCGAGGAGAAUGUCCUUUGUCUCGGACCAGACCAGACCUGCGUCUUGGCUGACUACAUCAUCCAAGAAGCUGAAGAUUCUUCCAGGAGACAUGGAGCCUCAUCAAACUCUGACAGUAUCAGCGACGUUGCCUCUGCAUCCAUUAAAGCAAGACUCCCGUUACUAUUGAAUGGUUUCCAUGGUAACAAGGGAGUUGUUGAUCAUCUGAUUCGGUAUCUAGGAGAGAGCAGUAGAGAGACAAGCCCAUCAUCUGCUCUAUACCAGCAGUUGAUUCUAGAGCUUUAUCUACAGGUACCAGAGACUAUUCAGAGUUUGUCGUUCAUCAGCACCAAGCUACAAUCACAAGAUACGAGUCAUAUACCAACACCUGUAGAUUGUCUCACUCACAGAUUAUUGAGCGUUUUAGCCGACAGUAAGCCAGGAGAUAUAAGCAAGCAGAGAGCUGAUGAUGCAAACGUAGCUUGCCGGAAACUUGCAGCUGAACAUCCUGUACUCAUACUAAGACAACUUCCAAUGAUUGCAGUACUCCUCCAGGGUCGGACUCAUCUCAACCUUCGAGAGUUCCGUCUUAGAGGUCAUCUUCUCUUCUUCAAUCAUAUCUUAGGAAUCUUACAGCUUCUUGAGCCGCAACUCUUUGAUCAAGACCCUAAGGUUCUGCAUAACAUCAUGGAGGCUUACUUCCCCAUCCUCCCUCAUUGUGUGGUUGCUAAGAAGGCUCUGGAGUCUAUAAUCACCAAAGUCAUCCAACUUCUCUAUCAAUACUCAAGCCAUAGUCCAGCCAAAGCACAGCCACUGUUACAAAAACAUUCUGUGUCACUCAACAACCUGUCGCAGAUCUACCCAGAUAUCCAACAGCUCAAAUCUCUAUUGGCCAGCAUCACACUGACUAGUUCCUCUAAGGACCAAUCAGGGCCAGGUUUGGUGACCAAUCUAUUGGAGUCUACGAUGGAUGAGAUACCAGGGGUAGGAGGCCGUGAGGAAACGUAUUCUCCGUCUCUCAGCGCCAUGAUGGGGGUAGAUGCAACAUGGGAUGCGGACGAUGUCAAAUCAUUCGCUGACAAGCUGGCCCUGGAGGAAGAUUCUGAAGGUAUGGCAGAAGCCCUAAAUGAACUUGAAGAAAAGUCCAGCAGUGCUGUUGGAAUUUUGCAACAUUUUGUGGUUGAAUUAUCCAGCCAGAUGACUUCUUGUCACAAAGACUGCCGGCAAAUAGCGUUCACCUUAGUCAUCCGCUACAUUAGACAUGACCCUAGCGUUGCUAAUAAGUUCCUUCCAGCUUACAUGGAGUGUCUGAGUAGCGUAGAUCAAGAGGUCGUACAGACAGCUCUGAAGAACCUACCUGAGUUUACUCUUCUGUGCCAAGAGAAUGCUGAGGUGGUGUUGCAGAAAGCUUUCACAGUUGGAGUUGUCAGUAAAUUGAGUACAGUACCACUGAUUGCUGAGACACUUAAACUACUUAGUAUGGAUAGUGCCUCGACUUCAACUGCUACAACACCACAGAGCUAAUGAGUAGUCUGGUGCUGAAAUGAGACCCUUAAACUACUUAGUAUGGAUAGUGCCUCGACUUCAACUGCUACAACACCACAGAGCUAAUGAGUAGUCUGGUGCUGAACUGAGACCCUUAAACUACUUAGUAUGGAUAGUGCCUCGACUUCAACUGCUACAACACCACAGAGCUAAUGAGUAGUCUGGUGCUGAACUGAGACCCUUAAACUACUUAGUAUGGAUAGUGCCUCGACUUCAACUGCUACAACACCACAGAGCUAAUGAGUAGUCUGGUGCUGAACUGAGACCCUUAAACUACUUAGUAUGGAUAGUGCCUCGACUUCAACUGCUACAACACCACAGAGCUAAUGAGUAGUCUGGUGCUGAACUGAGACCCUUAAACUACUUAGUAUGGAUAGUGCCUCGACUUCAAGUGCUACAACACCACAGAGCUAAUGAGUAGUCUGGUGCUGAACUGAGACCCUUAAACUACUUAGUAUGGAUAGUGCCUCGACUUCAACUGCUACAACACCACAGAGCUGAUGAGUAGUGCUUAGCUACUUUUUUGCUUAUCCAGCUCUAUAAAUUGGGCAUUGGUCUAUCCUAGUAAAAGCCAAAUUGAAACAAAUUGUCUUGCAUCACAAUUAAAAACACAGCAUAGAAUAUUGCAUCACCAUAUUUCGCUCCAAAAUCAUCUAAAGUAAGUUCUGGGCCCAUCACAUUACACUAAAAUAUUGUUAUAUUUGUGUAAAUAUAGGUUUUCUUGGUCAACUUCAGCAGAUGAGCAGCCAAUUCAACCAUCAAGCUAUUCUAUUUCGCGCAAAAUGUUAUGCUGCUGAAUAGGGUCAUUCGAUUUAGUUUGAUGAUUAGUCAAAUGUAAUGUUGCGUCAUUCGAUUUAACAAAAUAAUCAUUCAAUUUAACAAUUCAUCAAAACAGCAUUCAAAUUUGCAAACGCUUCUUGAGUCGUGUGCGUCGUGAAAAAGAAUGGCGAUACGUUAAAUUGAACAGAGUGCUAAAGGAAUUUGACUCAACUCAAACGAACUUGAAUGGACGAAAGCUGAAUUUGAAGGACAGUAACAACCGGAGAGGCAAAACAGCUUUAAUGCGAAUGCAAGAAAAUGAAAUCGGCUGCUCAUUUGUGUAAUUUGACCAAGAAAAUUUGUAAUAUGAAGUAGAAAUGUUGUUUUAUUGUAGGAAUGUUCAAACUAUGUUACCAUGGAAACAUUGGAAAGUUUUAAAUUCAGAAAAUGACCAACUGUUGCAUUUUUGUAGGUUUUUUGGAUAGAGUUUUCUCUAAUAUUGUUUCAUUUCAGAGGGACUCAUUUUACAGGAAGAGAAUAGUUAAAAAUCAGCAAGCUUUCACACUAAACUUUAGAAAUGAUGUUUUGUAUUCUUACCAAUCCUGUAUAGAAUCUUUAAGAUGGUCUUUUUCUGAUAGCAAUAUUUAAGUUUUCAUUUUUUACAAACCCUGGUUUUCAUUUGAUUAGUGAAAUACUAACUAAGUGCUUUGUUUUGUGUAAAUUUGUAUAUAUUUCUGCCACAAAUCAUGUUGAGUCCGAUAUCCUAGAGAGUCAAAGAUUCAAUAAACAUUUUGAAGUCACAUA